AUGGAUUUUCCAACAACGGAAGUACUGUUCCCGUCGUCGCCAGCAUCACCGACUACUCCCACGACACCACAAUCCUCGUCGCAAUACUCGUCAAUGUUGCAGCCACCCUCACCAAAUCCUGUAAAGAUGAGCAGUAAUACGUUUGUUCACAAAUUGUACAACAUGGUAGUUGAUAAGCAAUAUCAACAUCUUAUUGCGUGGAAUUAUACCGGCACGUCGUUUAUUGUUUGUAAUAUCAUGGAAUUCUCUCGUGAUGUGCUGCCGAAACAUUUCAAACAUAAUAAUUUCUCGAGUUUUGUAAGGCAGUUGAAUAUGCAAGUAUUGUACGGCUUUCACAAAGUAAAUAAAUCCCCGCGGGGCCACCGCACACUGGCUGAAAACCAAAUUUGGGAAUUCUCCCAUCCAAAAUUUCUACGUGGCCGCCCGGACCUUCUGGACGACAUCAAACGUAAAGCGAUGGAAUCCGAAACACUACGUCGCGAGACGGGCGAUCUUCACGCACAUCUAGCAAUGAUGCAAGUAGCGCAGACGGAUUUGUUGCAACAGAUUAGUCAGCUGCAAGAGAAUUUCUCAGAAGUGAUGCGCGAGUUACGAGAGACAAAACACAAGCAAACGCAGCAGCAGCAGUGGAUAAAGAGUAUGUGGGAGAUGAUGCAGUCGCAAAAUUCGACGUCACAAAUUCCUUUUGACCUCAACCUUCCUGAUAAUUUUGAAAUAAAACCGGAACAACCAGAACGCCCACCCAUAUACAUAACAUCACCAGAAAACAGCAACAUAAAUUACCUAUUUAACCUCCAAUCACACAACCAAUCACGCUCCACGCCCACACUACAAAUCGAUACAAAUAUAUCACCCACCUCCACCUCACCUCAUCAUCAUCGACACAACAGCGUCUCAAGCACACACGGUCCUCAUCCGGGAGGUAGCACGAAUGGCGGCCAAAGCCCAACUCACCGUCUGAAUAUCACGCUUCCACCGAACCCGUACUUGGGCGGAAACAAUUCACUGAUAAAUCAGCAGCCACCAUUGUCACCGAACUCAUUAAGUUCUUAUAAUACUGCGGUAAAUACACCUUUACCCCCAAGUCCAUCGCCUGGAUCACCGUUAGGAAAUAUGAUUUCAGAUGAUGAUAUGGAUGGUAGUAUUUAUAGCCGAUCAGAGUAUGGUGAAGAUAUUUAUGAAAUGUAA